AUGCACGGGGCAGUGGAGCACCGCAUCUCCUUCGCUGAAGGAACUCGUCAGGCGCUUCACAGUGCCUCUUACCGCAGACUUCCUUCUUCCAGCAAUCCUGCUGCUCCCUCAGCAGCUGCAGCCUCGGCUGUGCUGGCUGCGGAUGCCACUGGGGUGACGCUGCCCCCCACCGCGUUUGGCCCUGCCUCUCCGCCUUUAGGAGUCUACAGUCAACCCUACUCAGCCUUGUACGGCCUCUCCCGUGAAGUCAGAACUUACGACCCCCACAGCUACCCCCUAACCCUGAGCGGAGUGCCUCUGCAACGCGCCUGGGAAGGGGCGAAGCCUUCCGACGGGGGACCGCUUCAGACACUCCAGUCAGCGAAUGGAGCCUUCCUCACAGGGACUUAUCAGCCUGCCCCCAGCCACCCAGCAACCUCGUCCUCAAUGCACGCAGCACCCCCCCCCCAAGAGGAGCUGCUCAGAAACUCCUGCCACGGUGCAACAACGACUGCCGCACAGACUCCCAGCGCAGAGCCACAGCUCUCCGGGGGUGCGUCCAGUGGAGGCCUCCAGCACUGGAGAAACCUUUCGAGUGCGUCUGAACGCAGCGCGUCCACUGUGACACCCCCGACUUCUCAGCAAGCGGAAAGGGAAGGCCGAUGGGCCGAAGCUAGGCCUCCUCUACAGCCUUUGCCUCAUCCCCAAGCUUGCGAGAACCCUGCGUCUCCCCUUCUAGGAGCCGCUGCGGACAGAGACGUGAGGAGCACGGACUGGCACCCACCAGGCACCCCCGACGGCCUCCAGACACAGGCGAGCAGCAUCGGCUUGGGCGAUCGAGAGACUGCCGGAAGCACCGAGGCCAUGCAGAUGUUCAUGAAAGCCAUCAGCGGAGAGAAGCCUCAGCAUCUCCCGCACACUCCGCAGCCGCCGCAGCAGAGGGCAGCAGCUUUGCCGUCUUUCGCACGCACUGAGGAGCUGCUCUCGCACAGCCAGACGUUUGGGGGAGCCCGUCCUGCAGCCCUCUUGUCGCCAUCUGAGAGAGCGGCUGCAGGAGCAGCGGGGAGACAGGGGGUGGGGGGGGGUUGCGGCUCGACAGGAAAUGCUGCUUCUUUUCGUGCUACCGGACCUGUUCACAGAUACGACGCUAGAAGGCCCCGCCGAGCCUCAGGACUUGGAUGGAUGUGUCGGGGGUGUGCAGAGCACAGUUUUCCGCAGCUCUGUGCUAUGCAUAAACUUACACAUUCCAAAGCACUCCCUGCGCCUGUUGUUGACACCUGUGCAUGCGUUCCUAAACGUGGUGGGUGCACACACUGCACGAGUGCUGCUGCAUGGCAUGUGAACACCUGCACUGGCAUGGAAAAAUCAGGACUAUUAGCGCUGGCAGCCUCACAGAAGGCCAGUCACCACAAAGGCAAGGGCAACAAGGGGAGAAAGCUCAAAUGCAGUGGCGUGGCCGUAACAUGUGCGCAGGUGGCUCGCGCCGCAGCAGAAAAGAGGGUUUACCAGCAAACUGAAGCUGAGCUGCAAACAACACGUUAUUUCUUCUGUGAGGCGCCCAUCCCCCCCCUGCUGCAACGUGGACCUCAUAGGCAGAGUGCACACACUGCCGCCGCUGCCAUGCGUUCCUAUAGACAUGCUGCAAAGCCCCAAACGGGAAUCGACUCCGUGCGGAAGAUUUGUCAGGCAAGCAGUCUUGGCGCCGGGCAGCUAAGCGACGAGGAGAUGCGAGAACUCAUGGAGGAAGUUUUGCGAAAUUACUGUGACGCCCAAAGGGAGAACGACAGACUGCGCAGAGAAGCCGAGCAGCUGAAGGGGGAAUUUACCAGUGACAAGACAGUUGCUACUGUAGGGGCCAUUGGCACAGCUUUGACCUUUAAACUCGAAACUCUUAGGCUUCGCCUCUCGGGGCAGCAAAAUGGUCCCCUGAACGGCGAGCUGCAGAAACUGAAGCAGGAGGUCUACUCUAAAGACGCAGUCAUCGGGAGGUGGGAGCUAUUUGCCACCACCAUUGACGGCCUUCUGUCCUCGAGAAAUGCCCCCCACGCCCUUCUUGUAAGGCCCUCACUAUCCCCAGGAGACGAGGCGAGAGGGGCGGCAAAUAGCCUCCUGUUGCUCUGCGCUGUCUCAGGUGGAAAGCGUACAGAGGGAAGUUGCAAAAGUCCUCAGCGAUGGCAUCCACCAGUACGAGCCGUGCAGAUAUUGAGCUCUAACAAUCCAAUGCCCACAAAGGUGUCAGAAGAACAUACUAACGCUACAGAGGGUGCAGCUACGGCAAAGUCUGUGAGACAGCGGAUUCAGGAAUACAAUAUUAGCAAAUCUUCUGUUGACGGGGCUAAGCCUACAGACGCCAAGGGCAAGUAA